AAACCUAGAUCAUUCGUUGAUGAGAUGAGUCAUCUUGACACUUUAUAAAAUCAGGGAAUUGCGGAACGAGGCCUACUAUAGAUCUCAAGAGGCAAAAUACUGUUGGUAAUCGGAUAUCUCAAGUCAUUUAAUUCAUCAGCACUGUCUGGUAGAUAAGGGUUGGUGCACUGCGCAUUCACGAUCAAUAAUCAAGGGGUGAAACCACGAUCUAGUUGUUUUAUCACAGUGGAUUGUGCGCGCCACUUAACGCCUGCGCAAGAGUAUAAGCAAAAGAGAGUCAGUAGCAGCAACAUUGGUGGAUUUCUCGCCAACGUAAUCUGGGAUUGGAGCCUAUACACAGUCUACCUAUUUACCUUAGUAUCGCUUCACAUCUCUCUCACACCGUUCGAUUUUUUCUCUGUCUCCUGCCUCUACGUGUCCCAUCGCGCAUCCACCUUGAAGGAGAGGACGUUUGUCUUUAGGAUAGAACAGUUGCUUCUUUACGAAUUUAAAGAAUUGAUUGAGAAAGCAAGAAGGUGCUGAAAAUCAGAGGAAGAUCAGAAGAGAGGUGAGGACCAACUGGUCCUUAGAUUAAUCAUCAACAGCAUCGAAAGUUAGGAGACCAAAUCACGACUUAUGCGUCUACGCCGAGCAGAAACAUUCAGGAUAUCAUCAUCCAGAGGGAAAGGAUCUGUUUGCAGCAAAGGCGGUGGUGGUAAGACACUGUCCAGACAUCGUAGAGCUGACAGCACAAUAAUAUCUCACGCUUGGAGUAAUCGGUCAUCACGUGGGUUUCUUGGGUCGAGGUUAUCGACGUGGUGUUUGGAAAUUCUUAAAGACAAGAGAUACGGACCAGCAGCGUGUAUGAUCAUUGAAAACUAUCCCCCUCUGCCCACAAGAACGAGGCAUAACUCCAAUCAAGAUACCACCCAACGUUUAAAUCAUUUAGUCCUGCCUAAGCACAGGACCUCAAAAUUUUCCAGUAAUAGACAUCGAAAAUUACAACCUUUUAGGGAAACGUGACUGUCAUCAUUGGGUAGUGCGGCCAACGAAACCGCAAACAACAAGAAUCACCCUGUCUCGACACGUAUUACGCUACCAACGGGUAGCAACACCCGAGUGCGAUCGUUUAAUAGCGGUCAAACUGACGCUUGGAAGCGAUACGAAAGGAAAAGACGUUGGAAAAACGAGGACUAAAACUCUACCAACUUGAGCAAGUGCCCUAUUAAGGGGAAAUAUAAGUGGAAAUUAAGCGUCAUAAAGAAAGAGAAAAGACCAAGGAUCAAAGGUCCUUGGCCUGUGCCAAAUUUUCGCAACGACGUCGUUACAGAAUAUUAAAUUGUUUAAAAGAGUACUUCAUUGUUAUUGGAUCAAGUUAAAAGUAAAUUAUCAUCAUGGGCAGUGUCAACGUCAAUCGGAACGUCAGCGAUGCGUUCUAUCGCUACAAAAUGCCACGCAUUCAAGCUAAAGUUGAAGGCAAAGGUAAUGGAAUUAAAACUGUUAUUGUUAAUAUGGUAGAUGUUGCUAAGGCUAUUGGACGACCUGCUACCUAUCCUACCAAGUAUUUUGGAUGUGAGCUUGGAGCGCAAACUCAAUUUGAUUUUAAGAAUGAAAGAUUUAUUGUAAAUGGGUCUCAUGAAGCAAAUAAACUUCAAGAUUUGCUUGAUGGAUUUAUUCGUAAGUAUGUACUGUGUCCAGCUUGCGAUAAUCCUGAAACUGAAUUAAUAGUCAGCGCUAAGAAAGGAACCAUAUCUCAAGGAUGUAAAGCUUGUGGACAUCAUGGUCUACUUGAGAGUAAUCAUAAACUCAAUACAUACAUUCUGAAAAAUCCUCCGAGUUUGAAUCCAGCUGCUCAAGGAAGUUCUCUAACUGAAGGUAAACGUGGUAAACGUUCUAAAAAGGCAAAUGGAGAUACUGCAAAUGGUGAUCGUUCUGGUUCACCUGAAAAUGAAACUAAUACUACUGACAUCGUUGUUGAAGCACCAGAAAUAAUAGCUAAAGAUGAAGAUGAUGAUUAUGACGCUAAAUGGGCUGUUGACGUCUCUGAGGAAGCUGUUAGAGCACGUCUUCAAGAUCUCACUGACGGCGCUAAAGGUAUGACUAUUAGUGAAGAUUUGGACAAAUCUGAAAAAGAACGCAUGGAUAUUUUCUAUAAGCUUGUUAAAUGUCGUCGUGACGCUGGUCAACUUGAUAAUCACAAAGAACUUGUUAGUGAAGCUGAACGACUUGAAAUUAAGACUAAGGCACCAUUAGUCCUUGCUGAAUUGUUAUUUGAUCAGGGCAUUGCUGCUCAAGUUAAAAAAUACCGAGUUCUCUUGUUACGUUUUACUCAUGGAGACAUUAAGGCACAAAAAUACUUGAUUCGUGGUAUCGAGCAAAUCAUUGCUUUACAUAAAGACACUCUCAUGCCGAAGGUUCCUGGCAUACUGAAGCUGUUUUAUGACUAUGAUAUCUUGGAAGAGAAAGCUUUGUUUGACUGGGCUAGCAAAGUAAGCAAGAAAUAUGUUUCGAAAGAUUUGUCUCAAGAGAUUCAUGAUAAAGCUGCUCCAUUUAUUACUUGGCUUAAAGAAGCUGAAGAAGAGGAAUCUGAAUGUGAGGACGAUGAUGAUGAUUUAGAGAUUGAAUAUGACGACCGAGCUAAACAACCACUUAAACAACAACAGCAGCAGACAAUUCAAACGUCUAAAAAACUUGCCGAAGAUGAUAUUGAAGAUGAAGUUGACAUCGAUGCCAUUUAAAGAUUUAUUAUAUCAGCAACAUUGAUGGAUUUUUUAAAAGUUAUAUUAAAGCGAUAAACAAACUUAUAAAACUUUAA